UUUUUGAAUUUGAGCCAUCGUUUCCGCAAUCUUGCUAUCGACACAGGAAGCCUGGGGCGAUGGACCCGUUUACCGAGAAACUGCUUGAACGAACCCGUGCCAGGCGAGAGAAUCUUCAGAGAAAAAUGGCUGAGAGGCCCAAGGCAGCACCAAGGUCUGGGGCUCACAUUAAGCGAGCCAGAGAACCGCUAUCCGAAGCAAGUAACCAGCAACCCCUCCCUGGUAGCGAAGAGAAAUCUUGUACAAAGCCAUCACCAUCAAAAAAGCGCUGUUCUGACAACACUGAAGUAGAAGUGUGUAAUUUGGAAAAUAAACAACCGGUUGAAUCAGUUUCUGCAAAAUCCUCUUCUCCCAGUCUUAAGUCUCAGGGGCAGCCACAAGAACCAUCAGUUCCUAUCAGCGAUCCAGCAUCACAGCUGGAAGGGAGGAGAGGGCUGAACUCAGCACAGGAAACAACUUCAGCCUCCUCAGUUAAAACUCGAAUGCAAAAACUGGCAGAGCAACGGCGUCAUUGGGAUAAUGAUGACAUUACAGAUGAUAAAUCAGACAACACAGUCAAUUCACCAGUACCAUCAGAGGGAAAGACUUCCUCCCCUCCCAGACCACCCCUUUCAGAAGCUUCAGCAACUCCAGUUGGGAGAAGAGGCCGUCUGGCCAACCUUGCUGCUACUAUUUGCUCGUGGGAAGAUGAUGUAAAUUACUCAUCUGCAAAGCAAAACAGUGUACAAGAACAGCCUGGUACCACUUGUUUGUCCAAAUUUUCCUCUGCAAGUGUAGCAUCUGCUGGGAUCAAUAGCAGCAGUGUUAAGCAGGAAGCUACAUGCUGUUCCCAAAAGGAUGGUGAUGCUUCUUUGAAUAAAGCCCCAUCCUCUAGUGUUGUGGGAGCAGCUUUGACUAAUGUUGUAGCUUCCAGCUCUGCGAAAACAACUUCCCCGGUGAAAUCUUCUACCCCAUCCAUCACCAAAGCUAAAAGUUGUGACGUGCAAAAUCCUGAGCUACUUCAAAAAGUUCCUGUUAGUCCUCUGAAAACAGAGAUAUCGAAACCAGUUGAGAAAUCAGCUGUGUCCCAGACAGUUCAGCCCAAAAAAGAAUUAAAGAGAGACAUUUGUUUGCAGUCUCAACCUAAGGACAAAUCUACAGCAUCAGGAGGAGCAGGAAUUAAGCCUUUCCUGGAACGCUUUGGAGAGCGUUGUCAAGAACACAAAGAAAGCCCAGCUCGUAGUACACCCCAUAAAACCCCCAUUAUCACUCCAAAUACAAAGGCCAUACAAGAAAGAUUAUUCAAGCAAAAUGCAUCUUCAUCUACUACCCAUUUAGCAAAACAGCUUAAACAGGAACGUGAAAAAGAACUAGCAUGUCUUCGUGGACGAUUUGAUAAAGGCAACUUAUGGAGUGCAGAAAAGGGUGAAUACUCAAGAAGCAAACAGCUAGAAACCAAACAGGAAAUUCACUGUCAGAACACUCCCCUCAAAAAGCAUCAAGUUGUUUCAAAUACCCAAUCGCUUCCCAAAACAGAAAAGGUGACAGGAAGUCAAACACCAACAAAACCUUCUAGUACAGAGCCUACAGGCCUCACUGAAUGUGAAAUGACAAAGUCUAGCCCUUUGAAAAUAACACUGUUUUUAGAAGAAAAGAAGUCCUUAAAUGUAACCUCAGACCCAAAGGUUGAACAGCAGACUGAAGUGGUACGUGAAAUUGAAAUGAGUGUGGAUGAUGAUGAUGAUAUCAAUAGUUCCAAAGUAAUCAAUGACAUCUUCAGUGAUGUCCUAGAGGAAGGUGAACUGGAUGUGGAAAAGAACCAAGAGGAGAUGGAUCAAGUGGAAGCAGAAAGCAGUGAGGACCAAGAAGAUGGACUGAAUAUCUCCUCAAUGUCUCUGCUUGCUCCAUUAGCACAGACAGUUGGUGUGGUAAGUCCAGAGAGCUUCAUUUCCUCUCCUCGACUGGAACUGAAAGACAGCAGCAUAAGUGAUGAAAGUCCAAAACCAGGAAAAUUCCAAAGAACCCGUGUCCCUCGAGCUGAGUCUGGUGAUAGUAUCAGUUCAGAAGAUCCUGAUCUUCUUUAUAGCAUUGAUGCAUAUAGAUCUCAACGAUUCAAAGAAACAGAACGCCCUUCCAUAAAGCAGGUGAUUGUUCGGAAGGAAGACAUUGCUUCAAAAUUGGAUGAAAAAAGGAGUGCCUUUUCUUCUCAAGUUAAUAUCAAACAGAAAAUGCAGGAACUCAAUAAUGAGAUAAAUUUGCAGCAGACAGUGAUCUAUCAAGCUAGCCAAGCUCUUAACUGUUGCAUUGAUGAAGAGCAUGGGAAAGGGUCACUAGAAGAAGCUGAAGCAGAAAGGCUUCUUCUAAUUGCAACUGAGAAGAGAACACUUUUGAUUGAUGAAUUGAAUAAAUUGAAGAAUGAAGGGCCUCAGAGGAAGAAUAAGAUCAGUCCUAUAUCCCAAAGUGAAUUUGCCCCAUCCAAAGGAUCGAUAACAUUGUCAGAAAUCCGCUUACCUCUAAAAGCAGAUUUUGUCUGCAGUACAGUUCAGAAACCAGAUGCAGCAAAUUAUUAUUUCUUAAUUAUACUAAAAGCAGGAGCUGAAAAUAUGGUAGCCACACCUUUAGCAAGUACUGCAAACUCUCUUAAUGGUGAUGCUUUGACAUUCACUACUAUAUUUACUCUGCAAGAUGUAUCCAAUGACUUUGAAAUAAAUAUUGAAGUUUAUAGCUUGGUACAAAAGAAAGAUUCCUCAGGCCCUGAUAAGAAGAAAAAAGCAUACAAGUCAAAGGCUAUUACUCCAAAACGACUUCUCACAUCUAUAACUACAAAAAGCAACCUUCAUUCUUCAGUUAUGGCCAGUCCAGGUGGUCUCAAUGCUGUGCGUACCAGCAAUUUCUCCCUGGUUGGAUCUUACGUGCUGUCAUUGUCUUCAGUAGGAAACACUAAGUUUGCACUGGACAAGGUGCCCUUUCUAUCUUCUUUGGAAGGUCACAUUUAUUUAAAAAUAAAGUGCCAAGUGAACUCAAGUGUUGAAGAAAGAGGCUUUCUAACCAUAUUUGAAGAUGUUAGUGGCUUUGGUGCCUGGCAUCGAAGAUGGUGUGUUCUUUAUGGAAACUGUAUUUCGUAUUGGACUUACCCGGAUGAUGAGAAACGAAAGAAUCCCAUAGGAAGGAUCAAUCUUGCCAAUUGUAUCAGUCGUCAGAUAGAACCUGCUAACAGAGAAUUUUGUGCAAGACGCAACACUUUUGAAUUAAUUACUGUCCGACCGCAAAGAGAAGAUGAUCGAGAAACACUUGUCAGUCAAUGCAAGGACACACUGUGUGUCACUAAGAACUGGCUGUCUGCAGACACCAAGGAAGAACGAGAUCUCUGGAUGCAAAAACUCAAUCAAGUUCUUGUUGAUAUUCGACUCUGGCAACCUGAUGCUUGCUACAAACCUAUUGGAAAGCCUUAAACUGUAGGGAGCUUCUAUGCCACAUAGAAGGUUAUUGAGCUGUGUUUAAAUUCACUUUAAGAGCAUCAGAUCUGUUGAUUGCAUUUUAUGCUCUACAAAAGGCUAUUUUCAAUAUUCACUACAUGUAAUACAGUAUUUAUGUCUUGUAUGUAAAAUCACCUGGUUUCUCCUCUCAUUUGUUAGUGUCUGGAAGAAAAUUCAUUAAAAGUCAAAUCUGCUAGGUUUAAUUUAUAGGCCUCAUUUUCCUCAAUAUCAUAUUACUCAGUUUUUCUGGUAAGGUAGUUUUUUAAAGUCAGAAAUUUGGAGUUGUCUUCUUGGAGCUUUGGAUCUUGAAGUAGAAAGGUCUUCCAGGGGUUCCAUAUAGAAACUCUGACUUCUUGUUACUUUCUCUAGCCUCAGUUCUUUUUCUACUGGUUGUGGUCACUUGUUGAUCAUGAGGUCUUGUACUAAAGUACUGAAAAAAAUUCCUAAGGGAUUUCACAGAAACAUUUUUAGUAAUGGAAGUAAGAACUUUUGCAAAAUAGCAAAUGUACAUUAAAAUUCAAGGCUGCCUGAAAACAACAGAUGUGGACAUGGAUCAUAUUGUAUGAGAUUUGAAGGUUUUAUUUAGAAGAGAUAAUGAUCAUAUGGCUUACAUUUACUUAGUUACUACAGAUGCAGUGUGGUGCACAUUUUCAUAGAACACAGAGUUUUAAAAAUAAUUAUUUUUGCUAUAUAGCUUGCACAGACUCCAACUCUAUGGGCAUGUUAGCUCUUUCUACUCUUGUAACAAGAACAAAUGUAAGUUGAAUCAUUUUAUAAAAAAGGUAAACUUUACCAAGCUGCUAUGUACUAAUACUUUGCAUGCCAAAGUUCUGUUUUGUUUUGUUUUUUAAAUGUCCAUAUAUCACAGUCUAGA